CUAUUUCAGUUUGGGAAGCAGCACAUAGAGAACCUUUUCAGUGACUUCCAGGAUGGGAGACGCCUCCUAGACCUCCUUGAAGGCCUAACAGGGCAAAAACUGCCAAAAGAAAAAGGAUCUACAAGAGUUCAUGCCCUGAACAAUGUCAACAAGGCACUGCGGGUCUUGCAGAAAAAUAAUGUUGAUUUAGUGAAUAUCGGAAGCACUGACAUAGUAGAUGGAAAUCAUAAAUUGACUCUUGGUUUGAUUUGGAAUAUAAUCCUCCACUGGCAGGUCAAAAAUGUAAUGAAAAAUAUCAUGGCUGGAUUGCAACAAACCAACAGUGAAAAGAUUCUCCUAAGCUGGGUCCGACAAUCAACUCGUAAUUACCCACCAGUUAAUGUCAUCAACUUUACCACCAGCUGGUCUGAUGGCCUGGCUUUGAAUGCUCUCAUCCAUAGUCAUAGGCCAGACCUGUUUGACUGGAAUAGUGUGGUUUCCCAGCAGUCGGCCACACAAAGACUGGAACAUGCAUUCAAUAUUGCCAAAUGUCAUCUAGGCAUAGAGAAACUGCUUGAUCCUGAAGGUUGGUGCAUUUCUGGACUACCAUCAUUUUAAGUACAGUUUAAUGUGGUGGGUUUUUUUUUGUCUCACACAGUCUUGACAUUUCUACAUAUUAAGCACAUAGUAGAAAACUAUAUAUUUUAUGUUUUUGAUAUUAUAGGAAUAUUUUAAAUGUUCUAUUUUCUAGUACUAUAUUAUAAAUUCCCUUUUCACUUUAGUUUCAAAUGCAAAUAUCUAAAACUGAAGUACAAAAUUUUGUGGGAAAAUAAAGCAAAAGAAACUUUUAGAAGGCAUAUGCCUCAUGGAAAGAGCACACUGCAUUCAGAGUUCUUUGAUUCCAAAUAAUUAUAAAAAGUUAAUGUUUUGCUUAUUCUACCAAGAAAUUUGAUAGACUAAUGAGCUAUAAUUAAUUAGUUACCCUUGCAAAUUUCAUUCAUAUACUCUAUUAAAGACAUCUUGGUUUACUAUUUAAAUCAGGAAAUCUAUUCCUGCCACAGCUUCUGUUAUAAUUUGUCACUGUGGUGAGGUCCUCCAUUUCAUGAUUAUUCAUUUUCUUUUUCCUUAGUUGACAGGCACCACUGUAUCUAUAAAUUUUAUUUAUAUUACCCUUAUAUAACUUUCAUCCUUAUCUCUGUUGCUACAUGGCCAUAUCUUAUAAGCACAUGGAUAGAAGGGAUAAUGGCAUUCUGACCUUUUUUCUUCUACUCUCUGAGACAUUUUUGUGGUGUGCCAAAUUCUAUGAAAUUACAGUCUGUUCUCACUUUGCUGAAGCUUUACCACAGAGAGUAAGAGUCAGUGGGAUUUAUAUCUGCAAUAUAAAAGAAGCUAAUAUUUGGGUAGAAGCUGUAAUAUAAUAGAAGCUGAUAAUUAAAUCAUGUUUAAAACAUUUAAUCAAUUCCAAAACAAGAAAUCUUUAAGUGGUGAUGGUAGGUUUCAUUAGAGAAAGCUCAGAAAUUAGUCAGAAGAGAGUAUUGCUGAUCAAUCUAUUAUCAUCCACAGUCUACCCCCUCAGUGUUGCAGACCCUGAAACCUGACUGCCUCAGCUCAUCUACCAAAACCAUAUCAGGGAAGGGAGGAGGUUAAGCAUAAACAAGCUGAGAAAAUGAUAUACAAAUAAGAAUCAAAAUUCAAUUAUUGCAAAUCAGGUUAUUUAUCUCAAGCAUGGGAAUACUUAUAUAUAUUUGGCCAAUAUACAGAUUGUCCCCAAGCUAUGAUGGUUCUAUUUACAAUUUUCAUGGUCACAAUGGUGUAAACAUGACAUUCAUUCAGUACAAGCCAUAUUUCCUGUCUUAGGCAGUGAGCCUAAGAACCAUGUGAUCAUGAGGGGAAAUAGCUAAUAUUCUACAGUGUACUGUGCUUCUAAGCUCCAUGUCAUUUGGUUAGGUGUGGUAAAUGCAUUUUCUGUGCUUUGGGGGAUUGAGGCUAGGGUCUCAUGCAUGCUAGGUAAGUGAUUUUCUACUGAGAUACAUUUCCAAGUCCCACUUGCAUUUUUGACCCAAGAUGGAUAUAUUAGGAUAUAACCCUAUCAUAAGUGGAAGCAUCUGUCAUUGCUCUUGAUUAGCAAACAUACUUGGGGAAGCAAAUUCUAACGAUAUAAAUGUGAGUUUAUGAGGUUAAUUAGAAAUACUCUUCUCCUUUGAACAAUGCAUGACAUCAACUCCUGUAAAUCCCUUUUGUCACUUCUAUAAAUGAUGAACAUCCUUCCUGUCAUGGAUUUUAGCUCUAUGGAAAGAACUGUAUUGUGUGAGCUUAUUUUUCAGCAUAGGCAUGGCUCACCUUGCUUUGACUCCUACUACUGAUUUAUGUGUUUUCUCUUAUUCCAGUGAGGUAGGAAUGAGAGACAUAAUGAAAAUAUAGAGUCCAAAAACAGAGGAUAAGAGCUAUAGUGUAUAGAUUUGAAGGAUAAAUCAGUUAAUGAUUUUUUCAUUAAGUUCUCAUAUAGUGGUAAGUCCUAAUUUUGUUAGGUAUGUAUGCUCUAGUUAUUUUGUGUAUAUUCUCUCAUAAAAUAGUAAAAGCAGUUUAAUAUUUUUGGACUGGCAGUGUGGCUAAGUGGUAGAACACUUGUCUACCAUGAAGGAUGACCUGGAUUCAAUCCCAGCACUGCAAAAUACAGUAACAAUAAUAGUGAAUAAAAUAGAUUUUUCUUAUUAACUGAUAAAAAUGGCUUUUACCUCUAUAUCCUCCUUUGAGUCAAUUGAAUAUAGAUAUAAAUGUCUACUAGGCAUGAAUCAGAAAGUAGAUUGAUGAUCAUGUAAUCAGAGAAAGACAGUUACAUGGAUAAUAUAUUUUAUCACACAAAAGGACUCUGUUAUACCUAACAUUCCAUACUUUCAUAAAUGGAAAAUGUAGGUUGUAAUAUACAUCAUACAGCCUGUAGGAAAGAUAUUAUAAAAUUUCAAACUUGAACAAUUCAAAGUCAACCAAACAUAAUGUAAAUUAUGGACUGAUUAAUAGAUAUACAAUCAAUUUUGUUAUAGUAUCAUUUUGCUAAUAAUUCUGACAUAUAAAGCUCUUUAUGUACCCACUUCUUUUUUGUCAAUGUAAGGGUCUCAACUAAAGGCCUUGUGUUGCUAGGCAAGUGCUCUACCACACCAGUUGCACCUUAGCUCUUUUCUCUUUAGAUAUUUUUUAGUUGGGGUUUCAUGUUUCUGACUGAGGCCAGUCUCAGACUUCAAUCACACUACCUCUGCCCCUGAUGUCACUGGGAUUGCAGCUGUAUACCAUCAUGCUCAUAUUGCUCUUUCAGAUAGGGUCUCACUAACUUUUUGCCCAUCAAACCAUGAUUUUUCUAUCUCUGUCUCCCAUGUAGUUCUGAUUACAGUUGUAAGCCACCACACCUGACCUUAUGGAAUCAAUUCUAAUUCAAAAACUUAUGCUUCAUAAAAGGUUUAUUAAAACUUACUUAGGGCUCUCAAUAAGAUGAGGAUUCAGCAUAAGUUCUGUGGUAUAUUUUAAAUACCUGUCACUUCUUGGUAUAGUGUUAGGACAAUAACCAAAUGUACAUUUAAAUUUAUUGCUCAGCACUUUUCAAGUAAUGAUUAUCAAUGAUAAUUGAAAGAAAAAAUGGAACUAAAUCAUAAGGAUUUUAAUUACUGAUUUGUUAUUCACAAAUGACCAAAUGCCAUCUCAUAGAAUCACAGACUUAGAACACUCUUCAAUGGAUCUAACAGGAGAGAUAUGGACUUCUUUUAUGCCCUGAAUAAUGAUUGCCUUUGAGAAGUUCAUAUUUUUAUUUAAUCAAAUAUUAGUCCUUUAGUUUAUGCACAACAGUGUCAGCUAUACUCUAAAGCAAUUUUCAUUAUAUAUUUGUUAUGUCCCCUAUGAGGUUAAUGAAACAUUUCAUUUUAUAUUUGGAGAGACUUAUAUUAUUGUGGAAUUCAAGAUAGUACCUCCCAAAUAAUGUUUUUUUAGAAUUUUAAACUUAUGCUUUCUUGACUACGCUGAUUUAUAAAGUAAAAAGUCUAUAGGACGUUGCAAUUUGCAUAACUUGCACACAUAGACUUGUUAUGCUUUGUUUGGACUUAACUGUUGUUUUGAGAUGUGAGGUUUGAUUUUAAGCAGAAUUGCCUUUUAAAAUAAGUAGCAGUAUGCAUAAGCAUAAGCAAUUUCAAGAGCUCCUUCUAGUGUGUUUAAAUGUUAACAUAUGCAAAAAUAAGAACAUGUAGGGUAGAAUUAUUUAAUAGUUUAUGUAUCUUUAUGCUCACAGAUAUAAAAGUUUUAUCUCCUUCCAAAUACAUCCUAUUGUGAAUCAGUUCACGUCGGAUCAUGAUUUCUCUGUAAGAUAUACAUUGUACCUGCAUUGUAGGUUUCAUAUAUGUUGUUUGUUUCCCUGAGUUUCAAACAAAUUGGUUUGCCAAUCCAAAAACAACUCUACAUUAACAGAAUGCUUUGUCAGCUUUUCUUUGUGAAUAACAAAGUGAAAAUGCUCUCUUUAAAGAUAUAAAGUAUAAAAUGCUGUUCCUGUUCUAGAUGACUUCUGCAUUUCAACAUUACUGUUGAAAACCAUUUCCAUUUGGAUUAUGCAAUCUGAUAUGGAAAUGUCCUUACUUAUUUGCCAGGGAAACUUUAGAAUGAACUAUGAAUGAUGACAGUUAAAUUUGACUAACCACCACAACAACAGAAAACAAGGACUUGGGAAGAAUUUUAGUAUCCUUAAAAUGACAUUUACAAACCAAUUAGAAUUUGCUUUUAAUCCACUUCAUUUUGAUUUCAUGAGGGUGGUGACACAGAUUCCAUUUUCUGCUUGGCUAAUCUCCCUGCAACUCUCUGAGUUGUUUUGAGUGUCUUCUUUUUCCAAGAAUUAGCUCUGUGUAUUAGAAAGUUUUACUCCUGAAGUGAAUGGGUUCAGGCUUAAAUUUGCAUGCAUGCAGGUUUUUAGUCUUCAAAGAAUUUUCAAGCACAAAUAUAUAGCAUUUGCUGUAAAAGAGGAGACUGUCUUUAAGGCCUCUUGUAUUGACAUUGAUAGCAAAUGUUUGAGGAAGGACUAUUUUUAUUUUCUUCCAUCAUUGCUCCAUCACAUUUUGUUACCCAAAUGAUAAUAUAUUGUAAGUAUUUUGCACAAGUUAAAGUCAAAAUGUGUAUUAUACUAACUCAGAAGGAUUAUCAUUAAUUAAAGCAACUAGAAAUUUUUUGAAAAACUGGUGGCAGACACAGAAAUCUAGACAAAUGUGAUUAACAUUCCUAACAUGCAUAUCAUUGGAACAAGGAUAUUAGAAUAUCCUUGACUAUUUUUAGCUUUUAUCUUGAUUUUUUUUUUUUGCCUUUCACCUCUCCACAGCCAGACAUGUUGCAUAAGUAGCCUUGACUGUUAUUCACUGUUACUUCAAUGCACUUGCAUUAAAGUAUAGUAUACCAGAGCAUCUGGAGUCAUACUUAGAUCCAUUAUUGUUGUCAUAUAAAAUUAAUCUUUAAAAAAUUUGCAUAUGAAGGUAAUUAUAUAGAAGAAUAAAAUUUAAAACUUUGUAUAUGAUUAACAAUUUACCAAUAAUAAAAUGCAAACAUAUUAGGUGUAUUAAUUUUGUGGUAUAGAAAAUUAUAUCAACAUUAGUAUAUUAAUAUACAAAUCUCUUCUUUCUUGAUGGAAAAUUUGUAAAUUGCUUAUCACAACAGAAAUGAAAAGAAACAGGUAUUAUAUAUAUUAGCUCAUAAGCCCAAAAAACCAGAAAAGGGGAAUGAGAGAGAAAAUGAGAAUAUAUUAUGUCUCCUUUUAAUGACCUAUCUUCUACAAUAUUCAGUAUUCUAUGUUCAGAUACCAUAGAAAACCAAAUAUUUUCAGGGUAAUUUAACUAAUCACUAAUGAACUAAAACUAUUUUUGUCCUGUUUAUCCAUUUUAGUUGUUUGGAUGACUGAAAUAAUUGGAUGUAACUGUACCAGAUUCACCCACUUAGACAAUGAGAACUGCAAAACAAAAUAUGAUAUUGAUGUGUGUGCAUGGCCUGAAUUCUUCCUUUAUACUUAAAUUUGGUGUUUUAAACUAACCUUUGUCUUUCAUAAUUUAUCACACAUUUGGUUUCAUGGAAAAUAGCUGAUUUAUAUUUUCUAGCCCUCCUUGCAGUUGAUUUAUUUAAAACAAUGAAAAUGCUAUAGUUAAGCAAUGGAGUUCCUUACUGGAUUUGGGGAGUUUAAGUAAUUAAUUGUUAUCAUUCAUUUGUAUUGUGGAUGAGGUUUUAGAUCAAUUUGUUUAGAAACUUUUAAAUGAAAUUCUUCCCUAGAAAACUAGGAAUUUCUUUUCAUUUACUUUAUCAGAUUUUUUUCUACAAUGUCUUUAAGAUGAGGAAAGCAUAGCAUCUACAGUCACAAUAAAUUAUUUUGAAUAAACAACAGAAUAUCUGUAAAUUAUUUCAUUUUGAUAAUGAGAAAUGCAGCUACCAAGUUCCAAUGCUGAAUGAAAUAUGAUAGAUAUUUUGUUGCAACCAUGCCCUGGUAUAUCUUCAAAUAAGUUCAUGAUACUGUUAAAGAAAAUAUAUUGAAAAAAAUUGAUCUUUUUUAAUUGCUUGUAAAAUUAAUUUUUUACUUAUAAAACUCAGAUAUGAAGAAAUAAAUUAAACAGUAGUAAGUUUGUCAUUAAUGUGUUCCAUAGUUCAUAUCUCUGUUUUUACUACCAAAUGGUAUUGCUCUAAUCAAAUUAUUUUGAAAAUUCAUAUGAGAGAAAACGAUAAUAUAAUUGCAUUAAUAGUUUUUAAAAUGUUUGUUAUUUUCUUUUUUUGGUGGUGCUGGGGUUU